UGUGGAAUCUCAGAGUAGAGGAAAGGCUGACCGGUAGAUCUUCAUCUCCCUGGGGAAAGGCGAUCGGGAGAACAAGAUGGCCUGGUGGAAAGCCUGGAUGGAACAGGAGGGGGUUACAGUGAAGGGCAGCCCCCACUUUAAUCCAGACCCCGACGCAGAGACCCUCUACAAAGCCAUGAAGGGGAUCGGGACCAACGAGCAGGCCAUCAUCGAUGUGCUCACGAAGAGAAGCAACGCCCAGCGGCAGCAAAUCGCCAAGUCCUUCAAGGCGCAAUUUGGCAAGGAUCUCACCGAGACCUUGCAGUCAGAGCUGAGUGGCAAGUUCGAGAGGCUCAUCAUGGCCCUCAUGUACCCACCAUAUAAAUAUGAAGCCAAGGAGCUGCACGAUGCCAUGAAGGGCUUGGGGACCAAAGAGGGUGUCAUCAUUGAAAUCCUGGCUUCUCGGACCAAGAUCCAGCUGCAGGAGAUAAUGAAGGCAUAUGAGGAGGACUAUGGGUCCAGCCUGGAAGAAGACAUCCAAGCAGACACCAGCGGCUAUCUGGAGAGGAUCCUGGUGUGCCUCCUGCAGGGCAGCAGGGAUGAUGUGAGUGGCUUUGUGGACCCAGGACAGGCCAUCCAAGAUGCACAGGAUCUGUACGCAGCAGGGGAGAAGAUUCAUGGGACCGACGAGAUGAAAUUCAUCACCAUCCUGUGCACACGCAGUGCCACGCACCUGAUGAGAGUGUUUGAGGAAUAUGAGAAAAUUGCCAGCAAGAGCAUUGAGGAUAGCAUCAAGAGUGAGACCCACGGCUCCCUGGAGGAGGCCAUGCUCACAGUGGUGAAAUGCACCCGGAACCUGCACAGCUACUUCGCAGAGCGACUUUACUACGCCUUGAAGGGAGCAGGGACACGCGAUGGGACCCUGAUAAGAAACAUCGUUUCGAGGAGUGAGAUUGACUUAAAUCUUAUCAAGUGUCAGUUCACAAAGAUGUACGGCAAGACCCUCAGCAGCAUGAUCAUGGGAGACACCAGUGGCGACUACAAGAAUGCCCUGCUGAACCUGGUGGGCAGUGACUCCUGAAGGCUCAGGAAAGAGCAAAGGCCAAGAAGCUGGAGCCACCAGGCCCUGCCUGCUCAACCUUGGCCAUGGAUUGGGGGGUGGGGGGGGACCAAACUUGCCUUUCAGUCUUCUAUCUCCCAGCUUCCGGCACUUUC